GUUCCCUCUGAACAAUAGUAAAGCCCAAGGUGCGCAUGCGCGUUGCGCUUCAAUGCGAAAACUGCGGUUUCUUGCGCCUUCAUCCCGGAAAGACUUGAAUAUCGGUAUGUCCAUGCUUCAUCUCUUUUCCUGACGAGACCUGCUAUAUUUAACGCCGAAACCCGUUUUGAGGUGUUUGUGGGUCUGUGACCGAGCAUGAUGGGUGCACUCGGGAACGGUCGACGUGGCGGUCGCUCUCCGUCUUUGCUGGUGGGGGCUCUCAUCGCCUGCGUCCUCCUGCUCGGCUUCAACUACUGGGUCUCGAACUCGAGAAACGUCGAGCUGCAGAGCAGGAUAUUGGAGAUGGAGGACCACAUGAGGCAGCUGGCUGCAGACAGAGACCGAGAGCAGCAGAGCAAGCUGAAGGCCGAGGAGGAGACGCGCAGACAGAACGAGCAGCUGGAGUUAAUGGAGGAAACACACCAGAGACAGCAGGAGAACGCUCUCAUCACCUGGAAACACGAAAGAGAGAAUCUGAAGCUCAACAUUUCCUCCAGUGCUAAAACAAUGCAAGACAUGAAGAAUCGAAUGAAGUCAUUAAUGGAGAAUGUCAAUAAAAUGCAGAGCGAGCUGAAAUCCUGUCAAAGUAACAUGGACACAAUCAGUAAGAAAGCCACCAGUGAAAUGACUCAGUGUAACAAACAAAUUGAGGCCGUGAAAGAGGAAUGCAAUGCAAAAAUCGCAGCUGCCAAACUGGAAAAGCAAAAAACAUCUGAAAAAAAUGCUCCACAGAAUGCUGAUGGUUCCAUGCAGAAAGUCUCUGUUUCGAAAGCCAAAUUUGAUGUUCCUGCUACAAAUCAUUCAGAUAAGAAUGCGGCAGAACCUCCAAAAGGCAAACCAGAUGUGGAUUCACAGUCUAUAAAGGAUGCUCACAUCCAAACCAAUGAGUUAGUUGUGGAAAAGUAUGAGGAAGACUCGCCCAUCCCCACCUCCAAACUAGCCAAUAAGAAUGAGACUCUUAACAAACCAGCCAGGGAAGAAGUUCCAGAAGUAGAGGUGGGCGUCAAAGCACCGGCUUCAAGGGAUGCAGAUGCUGUAAUGGAUGACGCAGAGAUUUUAGACCCAAAGGAAGAUGACAUGGGGAUUGGAGACGAGAAAGAGGAAGAUGCCAAAAUCGAGGACAGGAAAGAGGAAGACGCAGCAAUUGAUAACGAAGAUGUCAUUAUGUACGACAAUGAGGGCGAGAUAGAAAAACAGCUCUCCAGGAUUAAAGAUGAAAAUCAAGGUGCUGGUCAAGAUCUAGAGGAUGAUGUGGCAAAUUAUAACGGUGAUGAUGACAACCAACCGGAGUCUGAGGAUGGGAAACAGGCAGAGCUUGCAGACAUGUAGUUCCUGAUCACAUGAUGAGCCUGCUGACAGUAGCCAUCCCUCCAGCUAAAGACUGUCACAGACUCUCAUUAGUGACUGUUCUGAACCUCUCAACGGUUGGAGAGGACACCUGCUGUAAAGAAUGAUUUGUGCUGGGUGAAUACUGCACUACUGUGUAAUGAAGGAUAUGAGUUCAAAUCUCAUCCGUCUUACCAGGACAGGCAUGGUGAAAACGUUCUUCUUCUAGUACUGAUUUUAGGUUAAACUUGAAUGUAACUACUACUCUUCUGACAUCGAGCCUUUAAAUGAAUACAUCUUGGUGAAUCUUCCCUCUUAAAUAAGAUGCUUUGUUUUUUUUUAACAAAAGCAACAGCUGUUUUGUUACAAAAGCUACUUUAUCUUGUCUUCACGGUUUGUUCUGUUUUGAUGUCUAAACAUUUUAGCUGCUGAAAAAUGCAUAGGAAUAUUAGAUGUUUAGACUGAAAAAACACUUAUCACUCAUUUAACAGUGCAAUCCAGUCUUUUAUUUGCUGUAAAAAUGUAC